AUGGGGGACAAUAAUAGUGUGUACAGCAAGGCGGAGGCUGAUGCACACCAUCGCCGAGGAUAUCAGGCUUGCGAUCCAUGUCGGAAACGCAAGGUGAAGUGUGACCUAGGAAGUGUCGAUAAUCCUCGCCCCCCACCUUGUGUUCGAUGUCGUCGCGAAAGUAAACGAUGUGAAUUUUCAGCAACUCGCCGAAAGCGCAAGACCUCCGAUGCUGAGGAAGAUGAAGUGGAGGCAGCGGCGAUCCUCCAUCGCGACAAGCGAAUGAUGAUUGGGGAGGUGGCCAAGAAUGAAAGUCCAGUCGAAGGCCCCCCAUUUGCGCCUUCUGAUCCACCUCAGUUCGACCAUGAAGCUGUGAUUGCCCAACAGAGAUGGUCCGAGGCACCUUCUGCAUCUCAUGCACCUCCCGCACCUCCAGCCCCGCGCUACACGCCUAGUGUGCCAACGUCACGAGCUCCCACAUAUCCUGUCAGCGAACGCCCCGCGCCACCUAGCUAUGGAGGGCCUCCGAUGAUGAAUCGCACUGCGGUGGAGUUGCUGUCGCCUGCAAUCACAAACACCCACGACGCUUUGCAUCUUCUCUCUGAAGCUGCGGGUAGGACAGAGGAUCUCAACCGCCAAAGCCUCGAGAAUCGGCUUGCUGCACGGCAGUCUGUCUCGUCUUUCAACUCGGGACCUUCACCUCUACCACAAGGCAGCUCGCCUCGAAGCUUGGGUGGGUCCUUUGUGCGGACACCUCGAUCGGGAAUGUCUAUGGGCGGGUCUACAUACUACCCGGCUGGUGCUUCAGGGCCGAUAGAUCCCCAGAUCGCCGAGCCCGGCCCUCAAAGGGAAAGCCCAGUUAACAAUCCUCCCCCAGAGCCGACAUAUCUUGACGCAAUCCGAGCCUGGUCGCGAUUGCGAUUCGUCCGUGCCGGUUGGCUUACGGUGGAGGAGGGCAUGGACUAUGUGGAGUAUUACUAUGAACACCUCGCGCCGAUGAGCCCUGUUGUAAUCCCCGAUUUCUCUCAUCCCUCUACGCACCGCACAUUGCUUACCGAUGAGCCGGUGUUGGCGGUUACAAUCCUCACUAUUGCGUCUAGGCACCUGAAGCCCAAGGGCGAGGGUGCUAAUACGCGGGCGUUCUAUAUCCAUGACCGUCUCUGGGCAUAUCUACGCAGCAUGAUAGAACGCCUAUUCUGGGGCCAAGAGAAAUUUGACGCUGGGACAUCGGGCAUUGGCCGACCUCGAUCACUUGACUUGAGUUCAUCAAUAUCAGGCAAAGGUAGUGUGGGUGGGCAACUGAGGUCGUUGGGCACUGUAGAAGCUAUGCUGCUUCUUACAGAGUGGCACCCACGGAAUCUGCACUUUCCACCGGGUGACGAUGAAAAUUCUCUUUUGGAUACAGACCCCCAGACACACAGUCGGGCCGAUCACCCCUUGGACCACGACGGCGAACAUACUAGCAAAGGCUCAGAGGGAAGAGUCGCAUUUCAGAAAUGGCUGGAACCGGCGUGGCGAUCGGACCGGAUGUCAUGGAUGCUACUGAGUACGGCGCAAGCUCUGGCUUUUGAACUUGGCGUCUUCGAUCCUAAAGGAGAUGCCAAAGCGGCCAAUGAGUCCCUGUCCGAACAGACACGGAAACGUCGACUACGGCGUUUGAUUCUUGUGUUUAUUACGCAUAGCAGUGGACGUCUAGGGAUCCCUUCCAUGCUCCCAUUGCCUCAAUGGGGGCAGGAUAUCACACCGACGUCCGCUGAUGCAAAUGAUGCCGAUGCCAAUCUUGAUCGGAUGCAGGAUUGCUGGAUCAGCAUUUCGAAAAUUGUCUAUCAAGCCAAUCACCUGCUGUUUGCAUCCAGUGAUCAGACGAUGGAUUUGAUCCGGACUGGGAGAUAUCGUGAGCAGAUCGAUCGCUUCCAACCGUACCUACGGGAGUUCCAGCAGCAGCUGGACAGUGUUAACCUCUCACCGGCUAUGCGAAGCGUUUUGUUGAUUGAGCUUGAAUACACCCGUCUCUAUAUCAAUUCCCUCGCUCUACAAGCGGUCGUCGAUCGAUGGACUACUAUGUCCAAUGAGUCCGCUCAGACUCAUCCUCAGACCCAGAAUGGCCAAGCAGGAUCGGGACCAUCUAAUGGCAGCAGCAGCUGGUUCCAAACGCUGAAUGAGCUCUACCGUGUCAAUGAGCAUUAUAUCCAGGAAGUCAUCGAUUCCUCGCGCAAAAUUCUGCAGACUGUAUUGGAAGGCCUCGUCCCCGAAGGUCGCCUCAGACAUGCACCCAUUCGAACGUUUUUCCGCAUCUUGUCUGGAAUGAUCUUCAUCUUGAAGACUUUCACACUGGGUGCCAGGGAAGACGAUGUGCGAGUCUCUCUAGACCUGCAGGACCGGACGGUGGAGGCACUGCGCAAUUAUGUCGUGGAUGACGUGCACCUCAGCAACACGGUAGCUCGGCUUCUCGAGCUUCUCACCAGCAGCAUCCGGACGCGCUUUCUGCGCUUUGCACCGCAUGACCGGGGCGCAGACGGAGAAGGACAUGAUCGCACCUCGGUCCCAGGCUCUCGGCCUCAUUCACCAUCGCGCGAGCACUCAACAACUCGUCGUGACGGCCCGAGUACACCCUGGUCCGCUAACCAGGGUCAUGAUACGACCUCAGGCGGCCCGGGCCUAGGAUAUGUGGACACUCCCGGCACCGGUCACCCGAUGGUGUCAGGGCAUGAUCCACUGGCGAACAUCCCUGCACAGCCGAUCAACUCAUCCAACCUCAACGUAUCGUUCAUGCCGCCUCCGCCGUCCGUGUACCACAACUACUACGACUCGAACUCGACAUUCCCCGCCAAUGAUAUGGACAGAUCAUCGCCAAACCAUGUCGCCUCAUCACAGCCUAUGAGCGACAGCCACCACUCUACCUCCGGCGCGCUUCCGGAUUGGUUUGCUUUGCCUCUUGAUCAAUUCUUCAACAGCUCCACCGGAGUUGUUGACCAGGGUCUUGGUGGGACUGGACCCAUGCUUGGAGAGUUUGACAUGCUCGAGGUACUCCUCAACGAGGGGUAUGAUGGAAACACUAACGGCGAGGGUGAGACUGGGGCCGGGCUGUCGUCCCAGUACCUGUGA